UUGAGCAGCUUUCCGAAAUCUCGCUGUUCCCCGAGAAUACGCGAAGAAUCAUCAGAGAGGAAGAAAUAAGCUUAUAUUCAUAUUUAUUCAUCAAAGAUCUGGAUUAAACCGGCUCCCUCUGGUUGAAGCAGAGACGAGAUGUCCGACAGCGAGGACAGCGACUUCUCCGACAACCAGAGCGAGCGCAGCAGCGAUGGAGAGGCCGAGGAAGUGGAGGAGAAUGAGGAGGAGACGGGCAGCCCAGUGGGCAGUGACAAGGUAGCGGAUGAGGAGGGGGAGGACCUGGAGGAUGAGGAGGAGUACGAUGAAGAAGAGGAGGAGGAUGACGAUGACGAUCGUCCGAGGAAGAAGCCGAGACACGGAGGGUUCAUCCUGGAUGAAGCUGAUGUGGACGAUGAGUACGAGGAUGAAGAUCAGUGGGAGGACGGCGCGGAGGAUAUUUUGGAGAAAGAGGAGGCUGAAGUGUCAAACAUCGACCACGUGGUUCUGGAUGAGGAUCACUCUGGAUCCAGGCGGCUGCAGAACCUCUGGAGAGACUCCAGGGAGGAGGCGCUGGGCGAAUACUACAUGAGGAAGUACGCCAAGUCGUCCGGAGGGGAGCAUUACUCUGGAGGGUCCGAGGAGCUUUCCGAUGACAUCACCCAGCAGCAGCUUCUUCCCGGAGUCAAGGACCCCAACCUGUGGACAGUCAAGUGCAAGAUCGGAGAGGAGAGGGCGACCGCCAUCGCACUGAUGAGGAAGUUCAUCGCCUACCAGUUCACUGACACGCCUCUGCAGAUCAAGUCCGUGGUGGCCCCGGAUCACGUGAAGGGCUACAUCUACGUGGAGUCGUACAAGCAGACGCACGUCAAGGCCGCCAUCGAGGGCAUCGGCAACCUGAGGAUGGGCUUCUGGAACCAGCAGAUGGUCCCCAUCAAGGAGAUGACGGACGUGCUGAAGGUCGUCAAGGAGGUCACCAACCUGAAGCCCAAGUCGUGGGUCAGGCUGAAGCGGGGCCUGUACAAGGACGACAUCGCUCAGGUGGACUACGUGGAGCCGAGCCAGAACACCAUCUCCCUGAAGAUGAUCCCUCGGAUAGACCUGGACCGCAUCAAGGCCAAGAUGAGCCUGAAAGACUGGUUUGCCAAGAGGAAGAAGUUCAAGAGGCCUCCACAGAGGCUGUUUGAUGCUGAGAAGAUCAGGUCUCUGGGAGGAGAGGUCAGCCAUGACGGAGACUUCAUGAUCUUUGAGGGAAACCGUUACAGCCGCAAAGGUUUCCUCUUCAAGAGCUUCGCCAUGUCCGCUGUGAUCACAGACGGAGUGAAGCCCACGCUGUCAGAGCUGGAGAAGUUUGAAGACCAGCCUGAAGGAAUCGACCUGGAGGUGGUCACAGAGUCGGGUAAGGAGCGUGAGCACAACCUGCAGGCCGGCGACAACGUGGAGGUGUGUGAGGGCGAGCUGAUCAACCUGCAGGGAAAGAUCCUCAGCGUGGACGGCAACAAGAUCACCAUCAUGCCCAAGCACGAGGACCUGAAGGACCCUCUGGAGUUCCCGGCUCACGAGGUGAGAAAAUAUUUCCGGAUGGGCGACCACGUGAAGGUGAUCGCCGGGCGAUACGAGGGCGACACCGGCCUCAUCGUCAGAGUGGAGGAGAACUUUGUCAUCCUGUUCUCCGACCUCACCAUGCACGAGUUGAAAGUGCUGCCCAGAGACCUGCAGCUCUGCUCUGAGACCGCGUCCGGCGUCGAUGUAGGCGGGCAGCACGAAUGGGGCGAGCUGGUGCAGCUGGACCCGCAGACAGUCGGCGUUAUUGUUCGGCUGGAGAGGGAGACGUUCCAGGUGCUGAACAUGCACGGGAAGGUGCUGACCGUGCGCCACCAGGCGGUGAACCGCAGGAAGGACAACCGCUUUGCUGUGGCGCUGGACUCUGAGCAGAACAGCAUCCACGUGAAGGACAUCGUCAAAGUCAUCGACGGGCCGCACUCUGGCCGUGAAGGCGAGAUCCGUCACCUGUUCCGAGGCUUCGCUUUCCUCCACUGUAAGAAGCUGGUUGAGAACGGAGGAAUGUUCGUCUGCAAGACCAGACACCUGGUGCUGGCGGGCGGGUCCAAGCCCAGAGACGUGACCAACUUCACAGUGGGAGGAUUCGCUCCGAUGAGCCCUCGCAUCAGCAGUCCCAUGCACCACGGUGGAGGAGGUGCUCAGCAGAGAGGAGGAGGCGGAGGAGGAAUGGGGCGGGGCCGAGGACGAAGAGACAACGAGCUGAUUGGUCAGACGGUCCGUAUCUCCCAGGGUCCUUACAAAGGAUACAUUGGUGUGGUGAAGGAUGCAACCGAGUCCACGGCCAGGGUGGAGCUGCACUCCACCUGUCAGACCAUCUCUGUGGACCGACAGCGAUUAACCACCGUCGGUGGAGCUAAGAGGCCCAGUGGGUUGACCUCCGCCCAUGGACGUACUCCCAUUUACGGCUCCCAGACUCCCAUGUAUGGCGUCGGCUCCAGGACACCGAUGUAUGGAUCUCAGACUCCGCUGCACGACGGAAGCCGUACGCCGCACUAUGGAUCUCAGACCCCACUGCAUGAUGGGAGCAGGACUCCAGGUCAGAGCGGAGCUUGGGAUCCCAGCAACCCCAACACACCGUCCAGAAAUGAGGAAGACUACGACUUCGGCUACGAUGACGAACCCUCUCCGUCCCCUCAGGCCUACGGGACGACCCCCAAUCCUCAGACCCCGGGUUACCCCGAGGUCCCCUCACCACAGGUCAACCCUCAGUACAACCCUCAGACACCUGGCACGCCCGCUAUGUAUAACACAGAGCAGUAUUCUCCAUAUGCGGCCCCGUCCCCUCAGGGCUCCUACCAGCCCAGCCCCAGCCCUCAGAGCUACCACCAGGUGGCACCCUCACCUGUCGGCUACCAGAAUACGCACUCACCAGCCAGCUACCACCCCACACCGUCCCCCAUGGCUUACCAGGCGAGUCCCAGUCCGAGUCCCGUGGGCUACAGUCCCAUGACGCCCGGAGCGCCCUCUCCUGGAGGCUACAACCCUCACACCCCGGGCUCCAACAUCGAGCAGGGCGGCAGCGACUGGGUGACCACCGACAUCCUGGUCCGAGUGAAGGACUCGUUCAUGGACCUGAUGGGGCAGACCGGGGUCAUCCGCAGCGUCACGGGAGGGAUGUGCUCGGUGUUCAUGCAGGAAUCUGAGAAGGUGGUGAGCGUCAGCAGCGAUCACCUGGAGCCGGUCACGCCCACCAAAAACAACAAGGUGAAGGUGAUUCUCGGAGAGGACCGCGAGGCCACGGGGAUCCUUCUGAGCAUUGACGGAGACGACGGCAUCGUGCGCAUGGAGCUGGACGACCAGCUCAAGAUCCUGAACCUGCGGUUCCUGGGCCGCCUCGAGCACUGAGCCUCGCAGAGCUCCCACACAAACGUCUGGUUUUUAUUACCUAAAGAUCCAAAAACCACAUCUGGCUCUGUGUGCAGUUCGGCGGGUCUCUCCGUUUUUGGCAUUUUUAUUUUCUUUUCUUAUUAGUGGUCUGAAUCUGCUUUUAGUGCUUUUCCUCCAUGUUCUGUCUGUGACUUUGGUUUUCUUGAUGCAGCAGGAUGAAAAUAAUGUGUAACAUGUCAAUAAACUGAUUCAGUGACAUUUUUGUUUGUUGUUGUGUCAAAGCCACGAGGCGCUGUCAUAGGCUGGGUUGUCAUAGCGAUGGAUAAUCGAUGCAGUCAGCUGAUCAGAUUCUGACAGGACGGUUAUUUUAGCUGCUCUGACCUCGGGCCUCCGCCAUUGUGCAGCUACCAAACGCUGCAGUUCCUGCAACGUCCAGCAGAGGCAGCAGUGAGUCAGUCCCCACAGACACUUUGUUUGGUCUCUGUGGAUAAUUUCCUCUUUUUUAACAAGAACACUUUUUUUAUAACUCGCCUGUUUAAAUCAUAUUAAGGCUUAACGUUUGCCUUAUUAGGGGCGUGGCCUCUUUGACUGACAGGUGGCUGUAGCUGCUAACUGCUUGCUAGGCUUCACCUGAGCUGGUCUGUUUGUGCUGUUGGAGCUUUUUUAUUUAUUUAUUUUUUCUGAUGACAUCAUGUGACCAAUAACGUGGUUGCUAUGAGGUUACUGUAGUAACAGACCGUCCAUGAAGGCGGAGCUUAUUAGCAGGUACCUGUGUGACAGCGAUAUCCAGGUUUUACAGUUUUUUCUGAUUGCUUAAGCACAUUUUUUGUAACUAUUGGCUAUUUUUGCAAAACUCUACACACAAAUAAGAAAACCUGUCACCCAAUUAUCAAAACAUUGUAGUUCUCUUGCAAAAGCGAACACAGCUAGAUUAACUCUUCACACCUUCGUAAAAAUGGUGUUUUCUUAUCAAACAGUACACACAAGCCAUCAUCUACUAAGCACACAAUGCGCCAACUACACACUGAUGGUAUGAAUACAAAACACAUCUGACUUUUGCUGUGUGCACAAGGUAGGCCAUGUCAGUUUGAGCUCAUACUUUUGUCAUAGAUCCAUAAGCACAGAGGGAUCCAAACUUCUGGUACUGGUGUUUAUUCACACACAUCAAAACAAACACAAGUGUUUAUUUCCAAGUAUAGGACUAUUUGCAAUCACCAUAUUGACUAUAUGGGUUUCUUGGUCUGCAGUGAACAUGCUUCCUCUGCCCCCAGCAUCUGGUCGUCUAGCAAAUCUGUAAAGUAACAAUUUCAGUAUUUUUACAUCUAUGGUAUUUUUGUGUUUCUCAUUAGCAUAUGGCAGUGCUACAAGUCUUAGUGCAAAGUGACUGUACUAACCGAUUCUGAUUUCGAAAUGUCCUUAUGAUGCUUGCUACAGUGUAGCAGCUCGAGUUAGGCUGAACCCGUUGGCCAGCUUCCCUCAGGGUCACUCCAUGGUUGAUUACAUGGUCCACUAUUGUAGCUCUGAUGUCAUCAGCAAUUCUAUUUCUUACUCUUCUUACCCUUCCUCUCCCCCCUCCUCGUCCUCCUUCCCCCCCUCCUCAUCCUCCUCUUGCUCCUCCUUGUCCUUGUUGUCCUCUUCGUCCUACUUCUUCACCUCCACGUCCUGUUCCUCGGCCUCCUCUACUUCUCACUCUUCCUGCUCCCUCCACUGUACUCCACACACAGAGCUUACCUGUAUUAUUGUGCUUAGGCUGAUUGCAAAGUGAACUAAUUAUCUAAAAAAGUUUUCACAUGUGAAAGUGUGCCAGACAGUUGGCAAAAUAGCAUAAAUAAUGGCCAUAAAUGUGUAUAGUUUUGCUGGGAGUGUGUUGGAAAUUUGGUAAUUGAGUGUAAGCAGUGAAUUGUGCCUACAGUUUUGCAAAGUGUGUGUUACAAAAUGGCAACCUGAGUGCAAAGCAGUGUUUGUGCUUUUAGUUUUGCAAACUCAGUGAGUGGAUUUGCUAUAAGUAUUAAUAGUUUUAGAAAUUGUGCUAUAAGAAUCACAGUUAGGGUUUAAGCAUUCAGAAAAAACUGUAAGACGAGUGGCUACUUUCUACGUGUUCCACCUCCCCGAGUGUGAAAACCUUUUGAUCUUUUUAAGCACAAAUAAAAG